GGCCCGCCCACCGGGUUUUGCUCGCCGGCGCUCAGAGCGUGCGCGCCAGUGCUGCGAUGGAGUCGCCGGACUUCUCCGUGCGCCGCCUACUCAAGGAGCCUCAGCGGGGCCUCGACCUGAGCACUGAGCAGGGCAGGCACGCUCCAGCGGACGCUGAGGACAAGAAGAAGCGCUGCCGAGCAGCCUUCUCGCACGCCCAGGUGUACGAGUUGGAACGGCGCUUCAGCGUUCAGCGCUACCUCACCGGAGCAGAACGGGCCGACCUAGCGCAGGCGCUGAAGCUCACAGAGACGCAGGUGAAAAUCUGGUUCCAGAACAGGCGCUACAAGACCAAGCGGCGCCAGCAAGGAGCCCAGGAGCCGACGUUCACCAGCAGCGAUACGUGCCGCACAGUGAAGGUGAAGGUUCUCGUCCGAGACGACCAGCGCCUGUACCGACCUGGAGAACUCGGCCCGAGGCCAGCCAUGCUGCUACCCUCAGUGCCCUUGCCGGGGCUGCAGGCAGCCUUGAGACCAGGCUACCCAGCGUGCUAGAUCUGGCUGUUCGCGCUC